AUGGAAGAGGGCACAACUGAAUAUUUAGAAUCAAGAGUGCGGCAGAGGUACAGUGAAAGGGGGUCGAACGUCGCCCUCCGUCCGGCCCCCCUCUCAGCCAAUAAGGGUACCGACAUUCAAGCAGCCACCUGUUGCCGAAGCACUUGCCAUCCUCGUACAACACCUAGUAUUCAAUUAAACAAGAAACACAUCCAACUAGAGCAAUGCCUCUCAUCAGACAAGGAGAACGCUCAGCAGAGCCUCUGCAAACAGCACGAAGACAAACUGGCCACCCUGAAAAUGGAAUUCCAAAAAUUGCAGCGCACCCACGAAGAGUCGCUCGACAUCCUUCGCGAAGAAAACGAAUCCAUCCGAGAGCAGAUCACGGAGAAGCAGCUGGAGAUACAGAGAAACCAAGCGGAAAGCAAGAAGCUGAUGGAGGACUACGAGAGCAAAGAAAUGCACCUCAAAGAGCACAACAGGAAGCUCAGAGAAAAGUUAGAUGUGUUGGAGAGCGAUUUUGAACAGAGGGUAAAGGGACUGAUUGAGGAGAACAAGAGGUUGAGGGAUGAUAACGAUAGGCUGCUCAGUUAUGGAGAUGAUAAAAGCAUCGGUGUUCAGGAAGUACAAUCACUGAGGGCGGUGUUGGAACUGAAGCAAAAUGAAGUAGCAGAACUCAGAAAAACAGCAGCAGAAGCUACACAAAAGGCUGAAAUAUUAGUGGGAGCCGAAGAAAGGGCGAGGGUUUUGAAUGCUAGAUGCGAGGAUUUACAGUUACAGCUGCAGAGGAAAGCAGACUUUGAAAAGUCGCUUAUACAAGACAAGUUGAAACUUCAAGAAAGCUUCAAGGAAGAAAUCAACCAGAAGAGGAGGCUUUCCCAGCACAACGAAGAACUUCAGUGGAAACUGAAACAGAACAAAGAAGUUAUUACAAAAGUGCUCGAACAAGCAGAAGAAACUGCGUUCAAUAGAUCCAUACUCAGUUCUAGUUUCAAUGAGAGACACAGUUCUUCCAGCAGGUUGAGCCUGGAGCGCACCCUCUCGUUCCGCGACCGCACAUACUCGACCCGCUCCUCCACUUCGGGCACCCCCGACCACCAGCCCUGCCGUCCGCGCAAGUCCAGAACGUCCUCGGACCGAGACCUCGACGACCUGUCGCCGCCCGCCUCGCCCAAGGUCACGGCCGAGUCGCCCGCCUCGCCCAAGGUCAAGGCCGUGGUGGAGAAAUCGGACUCGGUCAGCUACGUGCUGGAGAUGGACGACAGCCCGGACGUGGUGGCCGAUCGGAUCGUGCGCAGGAGCUUCAGGCAGGCGACGCCGCCGAAGGGGGCGGGCACGCCGCAGCGGGGUAGCGCGGCGGGGGGGAAGCGGCCGCGGAUGCGCACGCCGCUGGGCCAGAGCGCCAGUUCGACUUUCUCGCGCAACGGCGACUGGGAGGAGCGAGACGUUUUCUCGUGGCCGGUCGACCUCGCUCGCUACGGCGGCCGUCUCGACGUCGACAGCGACUUGAUGCUACCGGCGCUGCCCAGCGAGCUGGAGGGCAGCAGGGGUGGCCUAAGGGUGCUCCCCAGCCCCAAGCUGCUGGCUGGUGAGGCCAUGGUGUCAGAGAGCAACUCGGAGGACGAGAGCACCAGCUCCUCGCAGCUGUGA